UUUCCCUAAUGAUGAAUGCAAUUCAAAGUCAAUUCUAUAUACCAGGACUUAAAAGAACUGUUCAAAAAUGUGUUCACCAUUGUUUAGUGUGCGUCCGUUAUAAGCAAAAGCUGAAGUCUCAGAUUAUGUCAGCUCUGCCCCCGGAAAGAUGCUCCUUUUCUUUACCAUUCACUUAUGCGGGUGUUGAUUUUGCGGGACCUUUUCAGAUAAAAUCAGCUAUACAUUUGGAAGCGUGCUCUAGCUUAUCCUCCGACGCGUUUUUAGCAGCUUUCGCACAGUUUACGGGUAGAAGAGGGUUGCCUAAACGCCUUAUGUCCGAUAAUGGCACAAAUUUUCUCGGCGCCAGUAGAUCGUUGCGAAAGGAAUCUCUCUUAUUUUUACGAAAAUCGGCAGAAGAUAUAAAUAAAAAAUAUGCAGUCCAUGGUUUUGAGUGGAAGUACAUUCCACCUAGUGCUCCACAUAUGGGAGGUCUUUGGGAGGCUGGUGUAAAAAUUUUUAAGAUUGACUUUCAGAAAAUAGCCGGCAACCGAAAGUUUAACUUUGAAGAGUUUUCGACUCUAUUAACCCGAAUUGAAAGUGUCCUAAACUCCAGACCUCUUUCCCCUAUGUCCGAGGAUCCUGAAGAUUUGCAAGCCCUAACUCCUGGUCACUUUUUAAGAGGAGCUCCAUUGAUAUUCGCCCCUGCCUUCAGAGAAUUUAUCGAUAAUAAACCGAUGGGAGCGGCUCAAGGCCUUUCAUCAUCGUCUUAG